CGUCAAUUGGUGCAGCAGGAUGGCGCUGCACCAGCCACGAGCGAGUGUGACGGAUGACUUGGUGGCAUGGCAUGGCAUGUCGGUGAAGAACUUCACGGUGAUGGUGGCGAACGGCAUCCCGCUGUCAGUGCAGCGGCGGCAUAUCUGGAUGGACAUCAUUGCGACCGAGAUGAAGCACAGGACCAAGGCAAAAAUGUCUCUGAGCUUUGUGGCGUACAUGGGGACGAUGUGGGAACAGGGAUCGGGCGCGCUCGGCAUUCUCACCGACAAGAUCGACUCGAGUCUUCGAUCGAGUCGAAGCGGCGGUCACAAGAGCGGCAAAAGCAUGCGCAGCCAGCACCCGAACAACGUUGACGAAAAGUACAUUCGCGACAUCAUUAUCGAGCUCAACGAGAGCAAUUUCAUGGUCGUGGACUCGGCCACGGUGCCGUUUAUUGCCGCGAUUGUGCGAGUUGUGGCGCCAGAGGUGCGGAAUCGCGCAGAUGUCGUCAAGAUUCUUGGGUUCCUUUUGCAUCGUGAGCAGCAGCCACGCAACCCAAAGCCAUGCUUGCCGUUUGGGGACAUUGCAGCCGUGUGCUUGGACACUAUCGAGUCGACGAUUCAAGUGUUGCUGCCUGGGGUGCACAACACGAUUGUUCAGCUGCACCUACCACGAACCAUCUACUGGAAGCUCAUGGUUGUGCCUCUUACCGAGGCCUUUCCAUCGGAGCUGCGGCUUCGAAUGAUUGACCACAUCAUGGUCAACGGGUGUGCGGCCAUGGUGUCGGUCAUGCUGGUGUAUCUUCAACGCCGGCAACGCGACAUUCUCCUCUGCACCUCCGUCGAAGCAUUCGAACGGAUUCAUGAAGACGAUUAUCGCACGUGGCUUACGCAGCCCCAGUUUGAUGCGUUCUGGAAAGAGUGCAUGGAUGUGCACAAAUCCAACUUUAGCCAAGUGUAUGCGGCCCGAAACAUCUUUAUGCGGGCCAAGCACUUUACGUUCAACAUGACGAGUUCGUACGGCCGACCGCUCUCCACCCACAACGACGUCCAUCGGCUCCAUUUUGACGACUACGGAUGGGUCGGGUUCGACGUCGACCACACGUUAGUCGAGUUUAAGCUCGACGUGCUGCUCAAGCUGUCGUUUGAAAAAGCAUACACGCAUGUCCAGGCGAACUAUAUGAACUUGCGUACGGCGCAACCACCCGUGUGGCUGCCGCACUUGGCUUUUCGCGGCAUCGCGGUCGACACGAUCAAAGGCAACUUGCUGUACAUCACGAGCACCCACGAAGUCAUUCGCGGGUUCCACGGGUCGUACGAGCUGCCACAGAACGUGCUGGGGCUGCACUACCCCGUGCAGCAGCAGCGCGCCGGAACGACGUCGUAUAGCUACCUGUACACGAAUGCCGAGAUCAUCUUUGGACCGCUUUACGCGUGGCUCGUGGACCAGUACGAAGCCGGCUCGAUCACUGAAGCUGAAAUCGGCUAUGUGCCGCUUCCGUCGGGGGACAUUGACCACCAGAUGCGCCACUUGCAUCCUGAGUCUGUCUACAGCGUUUUAUGCUCGAUAGCGCUGGAAGCAACAAGCGCGUACUACGGAACAGACUACUGGCGAACGCUGUCGACGUCGCCAGACACCGUGAUCCAAAUAAACAGCGGCGUGCGGCGCAUGUUGGAAAUGCUGCAGAAGACAUGGAAGAAGAACGUGUUUCUGCUGACGAACGGGUCAUGGGAACACACAGACGCGGUGAUGAAGUGCGCGAUUGGAACCGACUGGUCGUCGUUAUUCGAUCUCGUGCUCACCAAGGCAACCAAGGAAGUGUUUUUCGAGUCGUACCAUGCGUGUCGCUUCCGCGAGGUGCUUACGACGUCGCAGAACGCGCGGUCCAUCACGGCCGCCACGAGUCUCGAGCGUGGAAGAGUCUAUGAAGGAGGCAACAUCACGGAGCUUACCCAUGCCUUCCUCGACCCCAUGUGGAAGUGCGCCAAGCAUUCAAAAGUCCUGUACAUGGGCGAUCAUCCGCUCCACGACAUCACGAACCCGGCGCAGAGCGCGGCGGCGUGGGACACUGUCGCAGUGAUCCAGGAGACGAGCCUCCUCUUCAAGCACUUGGAGAAGCAACACCACCGUACCAAGCAAGUGCAGACCGCGAUCCAAAUCGUUCUCGACAGCGUGUGCCCGUGCCUGUCGUCGCGGAAUCGCGGCCCCCAAGUGGACAACAAGCCCAUGCCAUCCACGUCUUGCUUCUACUUUGACUGUGGGGGACCGUACACUUCGAUGGGCAAGCUGAUCAACCGACAUGCUGUCCUGUGUGUUGACUCGGUGUCCAAGUUGACGCUCGUCGAAAACACCAUCCACUCGCUUCUGCAUUCCCGGCUCGAGCGGCACCGCGAUUCCAUGCGAGCGUCUGGCCCAAUGACUUCAUCGGGUGUCGUCACUUCCAAGGUACAACACCAAUGGUCCAACGUUUUUCGCACGGCCACGAUGCACAACACAACGCAGCAAGGCCAUCCAUCACCUCCACGCAUCGGGACGCCGACAUCGCCCCCACGCAUGGGGAGGCCAACAUCGCCUCGGUCCACCGAACACAUGCGUUCCGAUGGCUUCUUGACGGGCAUUCGCCGUGGAUGCACGACAAAGUAGACCAGUGUCUCUCAGUGUAAACACAUGCUAUUCGUUGGACAAUGACCCUUCCGGACUGCUGCUUGCGGGUUUUCCAGCUUGUCGAUUCAAAUUCUUCCACAUCGAGCCGGCGACUGGCGACGCACCGCUUGCUUGGGUGGAUGCCGCUCGGUCAUGCACUUGCU